AAGUUUUCUUAAACAAUCAUAAUUUAUUACAUCAACACCGCCACCCUACUGCCGUUUUCUCAACCAUGCAUUAUCGCAUAUUUCGCGCGCUUUUACAUUUUCUUGUGUCGUCAUACGCUACCUAGCACUGAACACACACCAUGCGAAUGUCGCACAACAAAAAACAGCUGACUUUAUCAGUCAUCAUGCAGUGAAUGGGAAAAUACAUAGACGCAUUAAAGUACAUCUUUUCCAAUUGUAUACUUUGUGCACUGUUUUUGGUGAAAACACAAAAAAAGUGAUUACAAUUGGUUUUAAAUUACAAGAGUCAGCAGAUUAGUGUGUUAGCAGGAGCAAAAAACGUAUUUGCGCAUAAGCGUUACACGCUAUGGAGCAGGUUGCACAUGUAGAAGCGUGCCGCCUGUGCGCUAAUUUCUAUGUGACCGGUGCUGAGGUCGAAUUUGUGCAUCUCUAUCAACCAUUGGACGGACUUGAGGAGCAGCUACAGUUUGUACGCACGGAAUUGGGCAACUGGCGCUUACAGAUUUCGGACAACGACGGCUUGCCGCAACGUAUUUGUGCCAAUUGUUUUACACAAUUCUGCAAUAUAUAUGCAUUCCGUCAGCAAUGCAUGUUGGCACAAGAAAAAUUGUUGCAAUCAUUUGUGGGCGUUGGUUUGAGUGCAAAUAAUACAGCUACCGACGUAUCUAAACCACAGGUGAGCGCUAACGCUGAUUUGAGCAGCGACAGUGAGCUGUUGAAUGGUCUAAAAAUCGAAGCGCCUGUGACCAGCGCCGAAUUAAUGGCCAGUUUAGAUUGUCUACAAACACCCACCACUAGCGCUGAUGUCAUUGCCAGCUUAGAUGGCAUGCAAAUGCCCGCCAGUGUGGCGGAAACACUCUCCAUGCUCACACAGGAGUUGACUACCAUGCAAAAUGGUACACUGCUGGACACUAGCGCCAAUUCCAUAACCACGCAUGCCAAUAUGGAUACGAAGACGGCGCAAACGAAUGUUUUGCAAUUUAAUGCAGCUACAACAACAACACAAAAUAUCUACUAUACACAACAGACGCCAAUUAGCACAGUAAGUGCGGGCACAAAUACGCCAGUGACUUUAGUGGCCAGCAGCAGCAGCAGCGACACAAAGCGUGCUGCAAAGUGUGGCAAAUCAAACGACAUUGAUUUGGAGGAUAUGCUACAGGGCAGCAUAAUACAGAAGAGCACUAAUACCACUACAGAUUUGAAGCCUACCACGCAAAGUGAUGUCGCUGCAGCUCAAGAGCAUUACGCCAGCUACGAUGAGCUGUUGGAAGAUGAUAUGGAUCUAAUCUCCUGCUCCGAACCGGAGGACUCACAAGAAAUGGACGAACUCGAAGCAGAUGUGGAUCCCAGCACACAAACACGCAUCUCACGCAAUCCCUUCGCCUGUCAAUACUGCUACUGCCCCAACUCCGGCUCCAUAGAUCACCUGGUGUUCGAUAGCUCCGAAGCGCUCUCACAGCACUUCUUUGACGUGCACGACCCGAAUUUGCCCUACACAUGUCCGUAUUGCCCGCAAAAAUACAGUUCCGUCAAGCAACGCGACUAUCAUGUGCGGCUCAUACACCCGACCGCCGCCAAGGCCGAACACUGCAGCUAUUGUAAGAAGUCGCUACGUUCGCCCAAGGAAUUGCACGAGUUCAACUGUCAAUAUGUAAGCAAUUGGCAUUGUGAGACGUGUGAUCAGCGUUUUGUGCAAGUGCCCUUGGGGCGUUUUCGCACGCAUCAGCGUCAUCAUGCGGCGAGCAAGUACAAGUGUCGCGAUUGUGCGCGUGUCUUUGUGCGUCGCAGCAAUUUGGAGGCGCACGAACGCAUGCAUCGACCCGCCGCCAAUCCCGUUACUCACACGAUACAGUGCGAGCAGUGUAAAGAAGUAUAUUCCAAUGAUUACGAGCUGCGUCGCCACAAGUAUCAGGCGCAUAAUGGCGCUCUGCCCGUGCGUUGCGAGUACUGUCACAAGGGUUUCGUCAGCAUGGCCUUUCUCAGUCGCCACACGCAACACUUCCAUCCAGAGAAGUUGAAUAGCAACAAUUACGCCUCGGCCACUUGCAGCAAUUGCGGCUGCGCCUUCAGCUCGAUACACAAACUGCGUUUGCAUUUACAGCGUCCGCGUGACGAGAAUGGACGCUGUGUGGAAAUUGUGCACGAGGUGGCACCGUAUCAGGAGCGUGCACGCCAACUGCGUCGACCGCGUCUACACUCCUGCCAACACUGCAAUAAACGCUUCUCCACGCGCGCCACACUCGAGAAACACAUGAGCACGCACGAGGCCGUCACGUAUGGCUGUAAUGAGUGCACGACGACCUUCGAGAAUGCCAACGAGCUGAAGCAGCAUGUCAUGCAGUUGCACGUGAAACCGCGCUACCUCAAAUGUGAGCACUGCGACAAGCGUUUCUGUUAUAUGCGCGAACUGCAACAGCACCAGAGAGUGCACGCGGCGGCGUACGAUGACAAAUCGCUGCAUUGCGCCAUCUAUAGGUGUGGCUUUGUCGCAUCCAGCGCGCAGGAGGCGCACGACCAUGCGGUGCUCAAGCACAAGCUGCUCGCCUGUGACUAUUGCGAUGGGCUCUUCUCGCGCAAUCGGCUUUCAGCUCACGUACGCAAUGCGCAUGCCUCGGUAAUUGGUGCAACUGAACCGAAUAACAACCGUGUCAAUGAAGGUCGCUUACGCGCUAAUGCCACCUUGGCGGCGCAAAACGAAGACUCUUUGGCUGUGGCCAGCAUACUCAAUCACACCAGCAGUCAAGUAAAUAAUAACGAUAUAAUGGUCUCAUUCGAAGACAACGCCAAUAAUGGCGGUGAGAAGGUGCGCGUCGAAUUGGUGCACCAACAAACGCCGAGUAUUAGCAGUUUAGUGUUGCAAGAGCAAACGUCCAACACUUUCAAACCACUCAUACCUUCGUCGGCUGUUGAUGAAAUGGAGCAGAAUUUCCUAAUGAAUAAUUUGCUCGAUCCGGAUCAUGAGAUCAUCGUCACAUGAUAGAUUGUGGACGACCUACUUUGGUAUAUGUAGUUGUGACUGUUGAUUUCAAUACAAGAAAACAAAAACAAAAUUGUUUUGCAAAAAAGUAUUGCCCCAAAAUUGUAUGCAAAAAAGCUUAAGUGUGACCUUAAAGUGAAAAUCUCAUAGCAUUAAAAUUUAAAACUAAAAAAUAAUAAUUGUUUUUCCGACAAUUUGCGACGUUUAAGUGAUUAUUUUUUAAUUAAAAACAUAUGUUUAGUUAUCCAAAGAAUUUAUUUUAACAGUUGUUAUUUACAGCUGCGAAAAAACAACUAUUGAAUUAAAAAAAAAACUAAUGAAUUGCACAUAAUGCAUUUUAAUUAUGUAAUUCUCGUAAGUUUAGCAUAUAAACAUAUACAGCAGAAUAUUGCUUGAACAAAAACAUAUUAUUUACGAUUUAUAGCAAAGAAUUGCUAGCAAACUGAAGCUAUAAUUUACAUUAGCAUUUUAAUUAGCAUAUAAGCCCUACCGACAGCGCAUUAAACCACAACUGUAUAUGAAAAGCAAGCUAUUAAAAACAGUAUUCCAAUUAAAAACAUAACUUCCGAAAAAACAACAGCUAAUAAUGUAACGGGAAUUGCCAAUUUAGACAGCUAUAUACGUAUUGGCAAAAGAAAAAUCAAACUCCAAGAAAAACUUUGAAUAUAAGUAAAAUUAUUGGAAAAAAUUGCGCUGCAUACCAAAAUUUCAUUGAUUUGAGUUUUUAAACAAAAAACAAUACAUGUUCGAAAAUUCAAACAUAUUUCGAAAAUGCACAUUUGCCGCAAAAAUAUUAAAAUAGACAGCUAGCAAUUAUAAAAACUUAUAUUUAGACAUAUAACAUGCAGCCAAGUGAAUUUCGAAAUUUCGAACAAGCAUAAAAUUACUAAAAGGUAAUCAAAAAAAUAUAAAUAAUAAUUGUAUUAAACAAAAAACAAACUUACAUAAGUGCGUAAUAUAUAUAAGCAACAUUUUGCAACGUAUUUUUGUCGAAUUUUUACAGCAACCACUAAAUUUCUUCGAAAAAAUUUGUUUUAUAAUAUUAACUUAAACAUUUUUGUUAUUACUUUAGUUAUUUGUUAUUGAUUAGACUUGUAUUUACGAAUUUUCAAAGUCAAAGCUUACGAAACUAUUAAUUUGUAUGACUUAAUUCCUUCGCAUUAAUCAAAAAUUUGCGAAAAAAAUAUGAUCAACUUUCUUUAAGCAAUUUUUUGUUAUUUUUUAUAACAAUACGAAUUUGGCAACUCCUUACAGUUAUUCAAAAAAAUUAAUGUAUUCAAUUACGAAGGCUGUUAGCUAGUAAUAUAAGUUUUUUAAGGAAUUUGUAAAAACAUUUCAAUAUAUUUUGUUUAAUUUUAGGCUUUUUUUCGUACAAAAUUUAUCUUUUUAUUUACAAAAAAUAUUGGUUUAUCCAAAAAAUUAUUUGAAAAAUCUGUAGAAUAAUGAAAUACUCAAUAAUUGGCACUUUUUGAUAAAAAAUAAUAAUUUCGAAUUUUCGAAUAUGCUUGUAAAAUGUAACUUUAUAGUAGGGCAAGCUUUAAAAACUGCCUACUAACAUAAAUUAACGCUUUUUAGGCAUUCGAAAUUAACUUCGAAAAUUCGAACAUUAAUAAAAAUAUGUCAAAAACUAAUUAAAUAUCAUAUAAACACGAAGAAUUUUGUUAAAAGCUACAUAUUUUGGUUAUAGAAAUAUUUUUGUGCUCAUAAAAAGCAAUUGUUAUGCUCUUUUUAUUGCUACAGCCAUGUACAACAACGAUUUUUGUUUUUAUUAUAACACAUAUUAAGUAGUACGGGGUCAUAAAAAAUA